ACGCCAUCGCCAAUUAAUCGCCGCUGUGACGCAGAAUUUGUGUGUAAAACCUUGUAAAAUUGGUGUAAUUUCGCGUUCUAAAGCCCGUUUAUUGCGGUGAAAAGUGGAUAAUAAGUGGCGCUACACCGGUGUCCACGCAAGUAAUGCCAAGAGCAGCCAGUAAACCAACGCUGCCGAUGCGCGAAAUGGCUGACUUGGAUGCAGUGCACCUGGGCCUGGACGAGAACGAAGCGGACAUCGCCGAGGAGCUCCAGGACUUUGAGUUCAACACAAGGAGUGAGGCUUCCGAGUCCAAUGCAGGGGAUUCCUCGGACUCGGAACCGAGCAUAAGUUCGGUCAGCACCGCCACUUCCUCGUUGGUGGGCAGUAGCAAGCGGAAGACGACCAAGAAGCAGUCGAAGGAGAGUCCUCAACCCGCGGUGGUGGCCAAACCGUCUUCCAAGGCGUCAUCCAAAAGCAAAGGCAAGCGGGAGCCCACUCCCGAGGAGCUGAAUGGCGGCAAGAAAAAGAAGCGCACUGGCAGUGAAUCCAAGAAGGCUUCUGCCUCCUCAGAGUCCUCAUCCGAUAAGGCGAAGGCCAAAUCCCCGCCAUCCGAGGAACGCCAGCCGCCGGCAAAGAAGUCGCGGGCCAGCAAGAAACCCAACUCCAAUGCCAACGAUUCCGGCGGCCACAAGAGUGAUCUUAGCGAGGCCGAGGAUGAGAAACCAGCUCUUCCCGCCCUGGAGUCAGAUAGCGAGUCCUCCGACUCGGACUCGGGCACACAGCAUAAAAGGAACGGAGGCAAUGGAGGCGGCAGUGGCAAUGGUCGCGGGAAACCCAGUUCCAAGAGCUCCACGCCGGAGAAGGAUUCUGUUGGUCAGUCACACUCUCAGAAGGGCUACGACUACAUGACCAAGCUGAACUAUCUGUUCCGCGACACGCGAUUCUUUCUCAUCAAGUCCAACAACAGCGACAACGUCCAGCUGUCCAAGAGCAAGAGCGUGUGGGCCACGCUGCCGCAGAACGACGCCAAUCUUAACCAGGCCUUCAAGGAGGCCAGAAAUGUGCUGCUUAUCUUCUCGGUCAAUGAGAGUGGUAAAUUUGCAGGUUUUGCCCGUAUGUCGGCCCCCUCCCGACGGGACAUCCCCCAGGUGGCCUGGGUGCUCCCGCCGAGCAUUUCGCCCAAGGCGCUGGGCGGCGUCAUCGAGCUGGACUGGAUCUGCCGCAAGGAGCUGUCCUUCAACGCCACCCUGCAUCUGCACAACACCUGGAACGAGGGCAAGCCGGUGAAGAUCGGACGCGACGGCCAGGAGAUUGAGCCCAAGAUCGGUGGCGAGCUGUGCCGCCUCUUUCCCGAGGAUGAGCUGAUCGAACUCACACCAAUACUCAAGAAAUCCAAGGAGACUGCCCGCGUGAUGCGGGAAAAGGGCAUCCAUGUGAUCUACAAGCCGCCGAGAAGUCUCUCCUCCAGGGGACAUGGCGGCGGAGGAGGAGGAGGAGGCGGCGGACGUGGUGGAGGCCGGGGCGCCAGUCACGACCACCUGGGUCCGAUGCGUCACAAGCGGAGCUACCACGGACCACCGCACCAUCGGCCGUAUCGUCAUCAUCAUGGCAUGGGCCUUCCGCCGGGCGGUGGCUUCAAGCGCAGCGGUUCUCCCUACCGCCAGAUGGUCAGUGGAGCAGGUGGAGCACCACCUGGCGGAUCCGGCGAUAUGGCCAUGCCAUCGUGGGAGCGCUACAUGUCGUCGGCUGCAGCCGCUGAGGCUUACGUGGCGGACUACAUGCGCAACAUGCACGGCCAGCUGCCACCGUUGCCCUUUGUUCCUCCUUUUGCCCAGCUGCCCAUGCCGGGAGCUGGUGGCGCGGGAGCGGCUGGUGCCCUGCCACCGGGAGCAGCGGCCGCCAUGUACGAGCAGCUGCCGCCACCGGUGCGGUACUACGAUGGACCGGGUGCACCGCCCCUGCCGGAUUAUCCGCCUCCUCAGCGGCCGCCACCUCCGGGCUUCGAUAAGGCGCCCAGUUACGAGGAGUUUGCCGCCUGGAAGAACGCCGGCCUGCCCACAGUGCCACCGCCGGGCUUUCCCGUCUACGGCGGCCCGGCCAAUGGCGGUAGCAAUGGAGGAGCAGGCGGAGCAGCUGGAUCCCAGGCGGCAGCGCAAGGCGGAAGCAUGGGAGGAGGUGGAGGAUCCGCCGGCGGCAUGGGUGGACCCGGUGGCUAUCGCAAUCGGGACGGAAACAAUGGAUCCGCGGGCGCUCGUCGACGAGAGUACGGAAAUCGCAGUGGAUCUUCGCGGGAUUCGCGACCGUAUCGCGAACGUGGCGGAGGCGGUGGCCAGCGAAGCUAUCGGGACAACAGGCGCUAAGCUUGAGAUCGUGCUCCUGCUGGCGAUCGCUUCAAUCAGAAUCGGAAAGUGUAAUCCUAAUCCUCUCGCGUGUGUGAAAAUAUUGAAUGCGUUUACGGUAUAAGCGAAAAAGUUAAAGUAUGAUAAAACCGCUGCAAAAUCCUAGACCUAUAUGAAAACCAGCUAUCGUCUAGAGUCGAUACAACAACUCUCUGUCCCAAUCUUUCUCUAUCCCGCUCACCUCAAAACACCCCCACCACCCACAACACUAUGAUUUAAACAUAAACUUACGACUUAAGCAAAUUUCAAAAUAAUUAAAUAUUUUAAACCACAAAAAAAAAUACAAAA